AUGCAAAAUGGCGACAACUAUCCUUUAUUUACGAAAGGAUAUGUACCGGAUUGCAAAAAACGGAAAACAGAAACCGAAAAAAGGAAAAAAGAAUAUGAAGCUACGGGGAGGAAGCGUGAAUUUAAAUCAAACUGGCUCAAGGAGUUCACAUGGCUACGAUACGAUUGUGCAAAGAAUCAGAUGACAUGCAACACGUGUAAAGUUUAUGGCAAUGAAACUGUAGGUCCAUUUAUCUUGGGUUCGAUGACAUUUAGAAAAGAAUGUUUAAAAUCACACGAGAAGUCGGAGUGUCACAUGUUGAACAUUGAAAGGGAAUAUGCAAAACUCAACCCCACGAAAACGAUUGCACCCAAAACCCUCCAAUCUCUCAACCUGAAAACAAUGAACCAACUUAGUUUGAAAUUUAGAAAUGCCCAUUUUCUCUGCAAAUUUGGUAAACCCUAUACAGACUAUGAAGAACUUUGCAAAUUGGAUGAAGCGAAGUCCCUUGAUGUUGGAAGUCAGUAUGGAAAUGACAAGGCAGCAUUGGAGUUUACAAAAUUCAUUGCAGAGGCUGAACGUGAGCGCAUAAGAAGUCAUAUUAAGACAUGCAAGUUUGUUUCUGUUAUAUCUGACGGGACCACAGAUUGUUCGUUUCAGGAAGCAGAAAUUGUUCUAAUAAGAACUUGCAGUAAAGGUGAUAUCAGUGUGUUCUUUUCUCUUGUUAAAAAUGUUCCACGUGGAGAUGCACAGACUGUGUGUGAAGUUUUAACAAGUGGUUUGAAACUUUUAUGUCCUGAAUUUAAAGAUAAAUUAAUAGGAACAGAUGGCGCUAGUACAAUGCUAGGAGCCAAGACCGGUGCAGUUCAAAGACUACGGGAGUUGACAGAUAGACCAUACAUUGUUGGAGUCCACUGCAACGGGCACAAAUUGGAAUUGGCUUUCAGAGAUUCAUUAAAAGCCAAGAUUACAUUGUUCAAUAAAGUUGAACUUUUCCUCAUAAAUCUCUACUACUUUUACCGUAAUAGUAAUGUGACCAGAACUGGGUUGAAGGAUUCAUACAAAACUCUAGGAAUGAAAGUAAUGUUACCAGUUCGCAUUGGCGGCACCCGUUGGCUAUCUCAUAUGAAAACAGCAGUUAACGUCUUUUUAAAUGGAUACAACGCCAUAGUACAACACCUUGGCCAGUUGCAGAAUAGAGAUGUCCAGGUCAGUCGCACUGAGAAGGGUAAUAAAGCACUCCAUUUUUACCGUGCUGCCAGAUCUAAGGAUGUAUUUCUACUUAUGCAUUUCCUACUUGAUGUCCUUGGAAUCCUAUCUGAAGUCAGUAAGAAGUUCCAGGAGAAGACAUGUCUCAUUCAAGAUAUUCUAACAGAAAUAGACAUGGCAAUCAAAUCAUUGGAAAAGCUUAAGACUAGAGAUGGUUUACACUUGCGAGAGGCUUACCAACAUGCCAAGUUUAAUGAGCUGACUGGUAAUGAGAGAGCAUUUGUGUCUGCACGAGAGAAACUUAUAUCAGCUAUAAUUGAGUCUCUUCGCCUACGUUUCACAGACCAACCAGGGAUUAUUUCUGCUUGCCAGGCUUUUAGUUUGAGACUUUUUCCUGCUCAUGAAUCUGAUGCAUUAGAUUAUGGAGAUACUGAAGUUGACAUGCUGGUGGAUUACUUUAGGCAGGCACUGGAAACAGCAGGGACAGAGGUAGACCAGUUAGCACCGGAGUGGACCAAACUGAAAUCACACAUUUAUAAGAGAUUUGACAAUCCAUCCACAAUCACAUGGAGAGAUGUUAAUAGUAAACUUGGACAAGUUUGUCCAAACAUCUUGCAGUUAGUGGAUCCUGUUCUGUCCAUUCCAGCCUCUUCUGCAGAUGCUGAAAGAGGGUUUAGUCGGUUGAAAAACACCAAGACUGACAAGCGAUCUAGACUUUUAAAUGGACAUUUAUCGGAUCAGCUUAUGAUCAUGAUGGAAUCUUCAGAUCCAAACAGCUUUGACCCAGUUCCUGCCAUUACUUUAUGGAAUGUUGGCAACAGAAGAGUUCAACAGGAGCAAACAGUUAAUGUGGUCCUGGCAAAUGGUGUUAGAGAUGAUAGUGCCAAUAAUACUGUUAAUGUUGUUGAACAUGACGAAAACUUUAAUGUUGUUGAACAUUCACCAGAUAGAGAAACAAUGGUGUCCUCCAUUUAUGUUGAAUCUAGUCCAGUAAAUUAUGUGUCUAAUACUGUCAGUGUAGGUUCAGAAAAUGAACCUAAUGAUGAACUUGUUACACUUGAUGAAAAUUCGAAUACUGUUCAAAAUUCAAGUGAGAGAGAAACACUUAUUAAACCUAGUCAUGUUGAAUCUAGUCAUGUAAAAAUUGUGUCUAAUAGUUCUGAACAAGAGAUUUCUAGUCAGGUUAAUGUAGUUGCUCUUGAAAGAUCUGAAUGCAAUGAAAAAUCAGUGCAAUGUGAAAUUAAUGAAUGUAAAGAAUCUGUUGAAAUAGGUAUCCAGGUUAAUGUCAGUGAUUAA